UCUGUUCCAGCUCAAACAACCGAAACAACGGUAGAUAAUUCUACUGCUAUAAUAAAUGAUCAAGAAGAAAUGAUAGCUGAAGAUGAAAAUAAAACAGAUCAAAUACAAACUAAACUGUCAGCCGCUUUCAAUCAUAACCUGCCUGUCUCUGAGGAGAAGCUCCUGGUGAAGCGCCUGCUAGAUCGGUAUGCCCGACUAGGAAAGAUAGGCAGGCCCGUGCUCAACACAUCGGAGACCGUCACCGUCAACUUUGACCUCAGCCUCAUUCAGAUUGUCGAUGUAGAUGAAAAAAAUCAAGUACUAGUGACAAAUAUCUGGUAUAACUAUGUUUGGACGGACCAUCUUUUGAAAUGGGAUCCAGAAGAACAUGGCAAUAUUUCAAACAUCCGCGUUCCAUCUGACAGAAUCUGGCUACCCGACAUCUUAUUAUACAACUUUGCUGAUACUCGUUUGAAAGAACAACGGGAGGCUUUGGUCGUGGUUAACUAUACUGGCGGUACUCUUUGGAUGCCUCAAGCGAUUCUUAAAAGCUCUUGUUUCUUCGACAUCACCUUUUUUCCGUUUGACGACCAAGAGUGUAAGCUCAAAUUUGGUUCGUGGACAUAUGACGGAUUCAAGGUGGACGUGGUGUUUCGCUCUGCUCCGAAAAUGGAUUUAAACGAUUAUAUGUUAAGUAAUGAGUGGGAUAUCAUGGAAAAUGUCGCGGUGAGGAAUGUGCGAAAGUAUGCGUGUUGCCCAGAGCCCUAUCCCGAUUUAACUUUUCGACUUCGACUACGAAGAAAAGUAGCUUUUUACAGUUUUAUCCUCAUCCUCCCCUGUGCUCUUUUAUCUUUGUUAACGUUGGUUAUCUUCUGGGUUCCACCAGAAUCUCCAGCUAAACUUCAGUUAGGAAUGAACAUUUUCGUCGCCUUUUUCGUCUUGUUGCUAUUGCUGGCAGAAUCCACUCCUCGGGCGGCCUCGUCCAUUCCUUUAAUAGGUGCAUAUUUUUGCCUUAGUAUGGUGAUGAUUACCCUAUCCACAGUAUUUGCUUGUGUUGUUGCGAAUAUGUUUUUCCGUGGUGUACGAGUGCAUAGAGCACCGUACUGGCUGCGUGCAGUUAUGAUUGACGGAAUAGCGCGUGUCCUUUUUCUCCGCGACCAAGUGAUGGACAAGAAUCAUAAAGAACAAUCCAAAAUGCGAAACUGGAAUGUAAAGGUGACUGGCGAAAAUAACAAGAAAUUUCCUGCAGCCGAUGCGAAAUUUGCGAAGGUGCGAUUACUUGAAAAUAAAGACGAAAAAAUGUCUGCAUCAUCGGAUACACUUGAACCCUCGGUUCCUGAUACGGUCAUAGAACAACAUGAUGAUAGACAGUCUCUGAUGCGCUCUGCCAUUCUCGAAGAGGUCAAAGCUAUCCGGGAAAUGUUGGAUAAAGUCCAAGAAAAAAAAAUGAAAUUGGAAGAACGUGAAAAAUUGGUGCGAGAAUGGCGAGUGAUAGCUUGCGUUACAGAUAGACUGUUUUUUAUCGUGUACGUAUUGGUCAACGUUAUUGGGGUUCUAGUGAUAUUUGUUAGAAAAUAAGACAAAACAGGCUUCCAUUUUGCAUGGAUUAACAUGAGGUUUCCGUUUGUAAUCUUCUUCUUGUCCUCUUCCUACACCUUCUUUGCCUCAAAAUUCUCAAUGCAAUUUAUAUUGAUAUAAUAUUUAUAAUAUAUUGCUCUAACCACACAGAUAUAUAUUUAUAUACACACACAUAUACUCACAUAUAUCUUAAUGUAUUUGUGU